AUGUUUCAUGGGAAACUAAUCGAGUUUCAGCGAGAAGGUCACACUCCGUAUCAAGGCAUUUUGGUGACGCCAAAUGAGGGAACAACUCUUCCAUUGGUCGUCUUUCCGCAUGGUGGACCACAUGGAUGCAGUAUGGCUAUGUGGCCUCGACGGGACGUAGGAUUGCUUUUGAACUCUGGCUUUGCUGUGCUACAGGUCAACUAUCAUGGCUCGAUUGGAUUUGGU